UUAUGCUGAGACAGAUAAUCAAAAAGAACAUUUGGUUGGCCUUUUAGAAUUGGAUUGUUACCAAAUCAUUUAUCAAAAGUAUCUUAUCGAUAUACGACCGAUCUUCAUGGGAAUGAGAAAUUUUACACGGAAGUUUUAGUUCACUGGAAGAAGACGGGAUUUUUUGACAGAUUUUAUUUACAUCAUAAACAUAUUUGCUCAGAUACCAACAUGCAGUAUGCGAAUGGUUUUUUACAGUUGUUAAUUUAGUGAUUCCAAAUGUGGCAAAGCGACUACAAGCAAAUGACAUGCGAAGAAUGAAUAUAUAAAGUGGUGGAACUGACACGACCAACAAAAAAAAAAAAAAAAUAAAAACAACAAUAACUGGACAAAGACACCGUGAUGGUAAAAUGUUCAGGCUUGAGCCAAGUGAUGACCAGCAUGCUCUCAGAGGGUCAAGGGAGGUCAAAGAAGAAGCGGGAGAAGUACGUACAGAUAACGAAAGCAGAAAAAUGCAAUGCAAAGGAAUCGAACUUAGCUCGGUAAGGCCUCAGUCUGAAAAAGACUCUGUACACAAAACUAUAGAUAGCCGACCAAGACAAGAGCUUGACAAACGAUCAUCUGUGCGGGAAAGCGGGAGAAGCAGUGCUGAAAGAUAUAAUCGAAGUUUUGGUGCAAGGCCGAAGGAGAUAAACUGUAGCAAUCGGUAUGGUAGAAAAGGUUCCACUCGGUACGAAAUGCCUAGAUUAAAUAAUAGAUCUGGAGAGAGAAUUCGGGCACAUGAAGAAACCAAAAGGUUAAAGUUUGAUCGAACGUUCAAAAUGAAAAAUUGUUCACGGUUUAGAGAUGAUUCUAAAAGUAUCAAGUCAGACUCACAACCUUGCCGUAAUGGUACACAAAAGCCAACGCCUGAAUCUAUUGACCUUUCAGAGAUGUCAAAAGGAAGUAAAAACAUUGAUUAUGAGAGUGAAAUAGAUUCCGACGAUCAAGAAAUGAAGAAUUUAAAAAAAGUAAAGGAAUAUAGUAAAGGAUCAAAAUUAAAACAUAGAAAUAAACGAUGUGAGAGGAACUUUAUAGGAAAGCAACCUCAAGCUAAACCAACUUUUCUGUACGUUGUUAUCGGCGAUAAUAUUUAUAAAACUAGCAAUCUGAAACAAUUUUUGCUUCACAGAAUGGGAAAUCCAAGCGCUCUUACACUUGAAGUUGUAAAUACUUCUGGUGCGAUAAAUGAUGCAUGUAACAAUAACAUAAUUACAGUUAAGUUUGAAAGUUACAGAAAAGCCUCUGCAGCUAGGUACUUGCUGCAUGCAAGUAACAGAAAUGUUUCAAGUAAAGUACGUUGUUUCUUUAGCAUAACGGAAGCACAAGGAGAAAAAGUAGAUAACACAAGAGAACGUGAAGCAAAACUUAAAAAGACAUGCAAAGAAAUUGACCAGUUAACUGAAAAAGCAGUAAGUAAACAUCAAGCAAAAAUUAACGAAGUGAGUAAACGUCUUUCAACUGUCAAGAAAGAACUUGGAAAAAAGCGUGGUGUUCCCCUAUUGACAUUUGACAAGCUUAGUAGCGAAAAGUAUGCAUUCAAAGAUAAAUUACAAGAAUUAGAAGGGCAAAAGAAAGAAUUCACAAAACAAGUCUCCUGCAUGAAAAAAGAACUUAAAAAACUUCUAACAUAUGAUAAGUUUGACCAGAAAAUGAAAGAGGUUAGGAAAGCUUUCGGUGUUGAAUGUCGACGGCUUGCAGCGGCACUACCGAUAUACGCAAGGCGAGCCGAUAUACUGACAACAGUCAGGGAAAACCAGGUGUGCGUGAUUCUCGGUGAGACCGGGUCUGGCAAAUCAACGCAGAUAGUACAGUAUCUUUCCCAGGCAGGUUUUGCAGAUACAGGCCGAAUUGCUUGUACGCAGCCACGAAAGAUAGCUGCUGUCAGUCUUGCGACACAUGUUGCUUCAGAGCUUGCCUCCAGUGUUGGUCAGAUUAUUGGCUAUAAAGUUGGAAUGCAGACAAAGAUGUCAGCCGUAACAAAAGUACUCUUCAUGACUGACCAUAUAUUACUGAAUGAAUGUUUACAGGAUCGACUUUUAACAAAAUACUUCUGCAUUCUAAUAGACGAAGCACACGAGAGAAGUAUUCAUACCGAUUUACUUCUCGGCAUGCUGAAAGAGACCCUGGAUAAAAGACCAAAUCUUAAGGUUAUUGUAACAUCGGCGACAAUAGAUCCUGAUGUAUUUAUAAAAUAUUUUGGUGGUAGGGAUCAAUGUCCUGUCCUGAGGGUGUCUGGAAGAACAUUUCCUGUAGAUAUAUCCUGGGAACAGAAUGAUUCUUUUGACAACCCAUUUCCCGAAGAUUACGAGAGCAAAGCGAUCAAAAAGGUGAUUGAAAUUCACCAGUCUACAACGAUUGAAGAGGGGGACAUUCUCAUAUUUGUUACAUCCCCAGCCGAAACAGAAAGAUGUGUCGAAAACUUGAAGAAAAGGUUAGGGGAAAAAGAUAUUCUGUGUUUACAGUUACAUGGCAAACUAAGAGCAGAAGAACAACAACUGGUUUUUGAGAGAACACCUGUGGGAAAACGAAAGGUCGUUUUUGCAACCAAUAGUGCUGAGACGUCAAUAACGAUUCAAGGUAUCAAGUUUGUUGUAGACACAGGCGUUGUGAAAGAAAUGAGGUUUGAUCCGAAGAAAAACAUGAAUUCACUUGACGUGAUUCCAGUCAGUCAAAGUUCAGCAAACCAAAGAAGUGGACGUGCUGGUAGAACAACAUCAGGAAUUUGCUAUAGGCUGUACACUGAAGAGGACUACAAACGAAUGGAAAAGAUCGCAAGCCCGGAAAUUCUAAGGCUACAAGUAUCUCAAGCUAUACUUAAGCUUAUGGAACUUGAUGUUGAUCCAAUGAAGUUUGACUACGUUCAGUCACCUUCAAAUGAAGCCAUGCAAUCUGCGAUGAUGGAGCUUAAAGAUAUUGGUGCUGUUGAAGACUCUGGUUUAUCCAACCUUGGAAAGUGGGUUGCAAAGCUGCCUAUUGAACCCAGACUCGGUUUCUUAAUAAGGAAAGGUAUUGAUAUGGAGAUCCCCACGGAAGCUGUAGUAGUAGCUUCUAGUUGUAACCAAACAGGAAUGUUUUUCCGAGUUGGAACACAAGAUGAGAAAAAGCAGUCGGACAAAAACAAAACCAAAUUUUGUCACGAAAAUGGAGAUUUACUUACAAUGUUAACUGUUUACAGAGAAUGGGAUAAGGUUCAUGAAAAAGGAAAAGGGAAAUGGUGUGAACAAAACUGUAUAAAUGGAAAAGUAAUGAAAGAGGUCAGGGAAAUAAUCAACGAAAUUUUGUCUACAUUGAGAAAAGAGGUAAAGGUAACGAUCAAGUACCAGUUUAAAAGUCCAGAUAUUGCAGAUCCACUAGUGCAAAAGCUUUUAUUUGAAAGUAUGACCUCAAAGCUUGGUUAUUAUCUUGGACACGAACAAGCCGGAUAUGUUAUAAUUAACAGUUUACAAAGGGUACAGAUCCAUCCGUCUUCAGCAAUACUGUCACUAGGCUAUUAUCCGACAUGGAUUGUCUUUUGCAAAGUCUUGAAAACUUCUGCAGACUUUAUUACUGGUAUUACAAAUGUGUCCGAGGAAGUUAUAACCGAAGCAGUCGAGCAGGGAAAAGUGUCCUUCGAUUUGAAAUUCUUGGAAAGUCAGCGAAUUACUUUAGUUCGACAUAUUUUAGUAGGAAAACAUAUUUAUUGGAAAUUCGUCGGUCCAAUGCAUAGAAAACGACAAGAGUUAGAAGAGAAAAUAAGUAAGACUUGUGCCGAUUCAUUAGUAAUUGUAGAAACCAACAGAAAACAUGGUAAGAUAAGUUUAUUUUGCCUACCAGAGUACGAAGACAAAGCAGUUAAUAUGUUGCGGUCAGUCUUGAAAAUAUUACCACAGGAUUUACUCUUCGAGUCAGAAGAAAUAUCUAUCGGAAAUGAAAACAGUGGUAUUCGCGCUGUAGUCCGUGGAGGCGGUACGGCUGUUGAUGUACUGAUGCCACACGAAUAUCGGUCUAUGAACAUCUGGCAGAAAAGGGACACUAUUGACUAUGAUAUUUCCGAGGAAAGCGCCCGUAAAGUUUUUGAAUUCUUUGGUCCGGUCGAGCAAAUAAAAAGACCGUCAAGAAAGAAACGAGGAAAAGAGCUACUUUGGGGCAAAGUGACGUUUACCCAUCAGAGCCAUGCUUUUGCUGCUGUUCACAACAUAAACAAUGACGAAGAUAUAGAAAUUACUGCAGAACCACUGACAUUCAAUCAUGGAACGAUAGCUGCUCAACAAGGAUUCAGAAUGAAAAUAACCUGGUGUAGAAGGCCAUCAAGGGGUCAUUGCUUUGUUUACGUGGAGCAAAAGGAAGAUGUUCCGCUUCUUUUAGAUGCGUCGCUGGAGAUUGACGGAAAGGUACUUGACGUUUCACGCAGCAAGGAACAGUCUGAUUUGCACAUUAUCGGUUUGGGGCCGGAAAUUACGGAAUAUCAAGUGAAAGAAGCUUUAUCAGAAGUACUUGGUAUUUCCUUGGAUAACAAUCGCGAUAGAUUUAAAGUGAUAAUCCCGCGUUUAAACGCAACUUUGGCCGUAAAUGAAUGGCUCCGUAAGCAAGACGAACUUUCGAGAAUAAUUUCUAUGUAUGCGAAGAGUGAUUCUUUUCGUGUUCAUGUAAAGCAAUACAAACCGAAAACGGUCAUGUGCACAGCGUUUGUAACGUUUUCAGAUAUGCAAAUAUGCUACGAUACUGGAAACAGACUAACAGAAAAUUAUCAUAGAAUCGACAGACAGCCAAUACAUGUCAGUAUAGAGUGUAAUUCAACGAUACAUGUCAAUAACAGUUUGUAUCAGAUCGUUAAAGAAGACAUAGAUCAACUGAUUAAUUGGUACGUAGAAAGGAAUUCAAGUACAACUUUGGAAGUAAGAACCUUAAAAUCGGGAGAUGUAGCUUUAGAUCUUAAGGCAGAAAAUCUUCAAAAGCUUGCCAAAGCGAAAGUUAGAGCUGAUCGUAUAAUAGGUGGUGAAGAGUUUAAUUGCGAGAAUAAGGAUAAUCUCCGUGUGAUAUUUCGAAAGGACGGCAGGCAAAAGGUACAGGAGAUGGAGAAGACAACAAACACAGUAAUAUCACUGGAUGAGAGGCAAAUGAAAAUAAAGGUUCAGGGACUUGCACAGAACAGAAUUCGUGCUGUAGAAAUGAUAGAAGAUUACAUUUCAAAACAUGCAACAUCUUUAGAAAAGGACAUUCGUCUUAAAGGGGAAGACAAUCCACCAGGCCUUAUGAAAGCGCUUUUAGUUAAAUAUGGAGUAAGUUUUGAAAAUCUUAAAGAGGAAACUGGUGUGACUGGGAUUUACCUUGAGCCGCGUUCACACGAAAUAACUAUAUCAGGAAAGGAAGAAGCUAUUAUCAAAACUUUAGAAAUAAUAAAAAGAAUGAGGGACGAAAUGAAAAAUCAGGCUGAUGUAAACACCUUUCAAAGUGAGUUACCGGACUGUCCAAUCUGCCUGUGUCCCAUUGAAGAAAACGAAUACUACCGACUGGAAUACUGCGGGCAUGCGUACUGUCAAGUUUGUAUCGCGUCCCAAGUGCAAAAUGCAGUAUCUAAUCGACAGCUCCCCGUUGUAUGUGCCUCAGAGAAUUGCAAUACACCACUUGUGAUCAGAGACAUACAGUUCCAGAUAAAAAUCGGUAAUCUAAAAAAGAAAGCGCUUACAGAUGCGGCUGUGACAUGUUUGGUGAAUAAAAAGAGCAAAAGGUUUCAUUUUUGCAUUACACCAGAUUGUAAUAUUGUCUAUCGGUCGACUUCAAAGGGAGGCUUAUUUGUAUGCCCAAUGUGCCGAGCAAGAAUAUGUACCGCCUGUCAUGCACCGUAUCACGAUGGUCUGACAUGCUUCGUGUACAAAAGGGCAGGGAAUGACGUCGACUUAGUAAAAAAAUGGCUGAAGAAAGACCCAUUCAACCGGAAACAGUGCCCAAAAUGUGAUUUUGGAAUCGAAAAGAAGGGCGGCUGCGAUCACAUGCAAUGUACAAUAUGUAAAGCACACAUCUGUUGGAAAUGCUUGAAAUACUUUUCGAACGGUGCUGACUGUUACGGACAUUUAGUACAGACCCAUGGCUUAAUCGUUUGAAAAUGAACCCUUGUACGUUUUGCUUGUUGGAGGAGCGUGUUGUUUUUAACUCCAGAUUUAAGCAAUCUCUUCUGAACAGUGACUAAUCUAUAGGAAUCAUUGGACAUACUUACCUCGUUUUGUCCAACGCUGCUGUCAGACAAUCUAACCAGUAUAUAUUAUAUUUUCUUAUCGGUAAUAAGGGGCAUCCAGUAACCCUUUGUACCAUUAUUUGUGUCUUCGUCUUCCCUAGAAGUUACUAAACUAUUCCAAAAAGAAACCCACGACCAGCAGAAACACAGAAAGUUGAGGAUUGCCGUAGUCCGUUAUUGAUUAUAAACCAUCUAAAGUGCACAACUUCUGACAUUUUUCUUUAAUAGCGCUUUGUAAUGUAUAUUUUGUGAGUUUCAUUCUCAACAUUGAUUAAUAUUGACCAUAUUUAUCUUAUUGCACGUACGUAUAGGAACGUUCUCUUGUUUUUUUACAUGAAUGUCUUUUUACGGUCUCAUCUGUUUUUGUUUUCCAUAAUUUUGAAUGGUAUGUCGCAGAUGGUAAAGUUACGUUCGAUCAUUAUUCAAUGCCUUUCCGGUGAUCUGUCUUAUUAGAAUUAUAUUCGCUUGGACAUUUAGACAUUAAUUGCAGGGAAUAUACUAUUAGGUGUUAAUUACCUAUAUUUAGUAGAUUCGAUAAGCAUUUCUGUACAUACUCCAGUAGAAUAAUAGAGAAACGAGACUGAACCUUAUUGCAAUUCGUCACAUUUCUAUAGAACUGAAACAUUGUUACAUUUUAUCCAGACUAAAUGCAUAAUGAACUAGACAAAGCAUUACCAGGGGCAAAUUUUAAGCGGGACAAUAUCUGGGUGUUCGGAGGCCUGCACAUUCGGGAUUUCAAAUAUGGUUCACAAAUAUAAGAAAUACCGGUGGCUUUAAUAUUGACAGUAUUUAUGUUUGUACAUCAUGUUAAAAUCAUUUCAACGUGUU